AUGCAUGUCUGUGGCCAUGCUGACGGCCCGGCCGCUGCCGAGGACAAGGAGGCGCUGCUCCUGGCAGCGGUUUCGUGGCUGCGGUCGCUCGGCGACGUGCCGGCGCUGCUGGUGAGGGGCUUCAACCUCGUGCUGCAUGGGGCCAGCGUGGAACCCCUCUUGGCCAUGGCUGGCUGGCCGGAUGCGUUGGCCCAGGCUGGGCCCAUCUGCCUACCGAGCCCAGGCGGCCCAUCCAGAAUCGAUUAUGUUUUCGCCAAUGCGUUGGCGAUGGAACGCGUCGCGGCUGCAGGGCUGCGCUGGGAUCUUGGCCUCGCGACGCAUGCGGCGCUCGAGGUGGGGCUGGCCGUCGAGGCUGCCAUGCGCGAGUGGCUGAGUCGCCGCAUGAGAUGCUUGGGGCCGCUCGCGCGGCAGCGCGCCGACGCGAGAUGGCGCGCGAGACGGCCGCGCGCCUCGGGCGCCGGCGGCGAGGCCAGCGACGAAGCAGCCGACGCGGCGCUACACCGGAUGCCGCGGCUGCGCCCCAUGCGCCGCGUCGCGAGCCGCCGGGGCCGCGGCGGCAACCGAGCGCGGGCCGUCGCUGCAGCGCCGGUCAGGGGCGGGCAUGCCGGGGCCGCCUGGGCGGCCGACCUGCAGCGGCCCACGCUGGCGCCAGGUCUGCUCGAGAGGGGCGUCGCGCUGGCCGAGCUCGGGCAUCGGGGGGCGCAGCGGGCUGCCCGCGACCGCCGCCGCGGCUCCUGGCGCGAGCGGGCGCGCCGGGCGAUGGGGAACGGCGGAGGUCGUUGGCCCGAAUGGAUCCUUCGGACGGCGCCCUGGCGGCCGCCCUUGUGCCAGACCCUCCCGCGGGCGCCGUUGCCGGGGCAUCGGCCUCGCCGCGUGGUGGUCGACGCUGGCGCUGCUCCUUGCGAGGCGGCGCUACCGCCCAACUCCGCUACACGGGGCAUCGCUGGCGGGCAUUGCGGCAGCGACCGGUUCCAGCGACCCCCCGCCUUUGGGGAGGAAUGGCUCGUUGAGCUGGACUCCUUGCCCCCGUUCCCGGAUAGGGCGCCGUGGGCGGCCGACCUGGCCCAGCUGCUCGAAUGGGUCGCGGAGCUUUUCGAAUCCGUCGAGCAGACGGGCCGCUGGCCGGAAAAACGGCGCGGGCCCGAGGGCCUGCUCCUUCUCAAGCCCGGUGGCGGCGGGCCACUGGGCCGCAUGCCGAUUUGGCCGCUCCCCAUGCUGCGCCGCGUCUGUGCCGCGGGCAGGGCGCAGCUGCAGGCGCGAUGGCGCGCGGCAUGGGGCGGCGCUGACGGCGGCGUCGGUUCCGAGGGGCUCGCGCGGGACCUCGCUCUCGAGCGCGAGGCCGCGGAGGCUUCGGGAGAGACCAUUUGUCUGGGCCCGAAGGCGGCGGCAUGCAUCGCGCUGGCGCUGCAGGCUGCGCGGGCGCUCUGGGCAGGGGAGCUCGCGCUUCGUGGCGCCGCGCGGCCGCCGCAGCCCACGCUGGAGCAGCUCGUGCCGUUGGCCCUGCGGCAGCCGCGCUGCGCAGCUUGCGAGAGCCCGGGCUGGGCGAUGCGAUCCACUGAGCACGUGUUCGUGGCCGCGUGGAGCUGGGCCGAGCGCCGCAAGGUCGCUCCGCGAAGGCCGUGUUUCGCCCAUUUGGCAGGCGAUGUAGACAGGUGGGCCACCGGCCGCCUGCUCGCCGCCGACGAGCUCGCGCCCGAGGCCGCCAAGGCGCUGCACGGCGCCUUGUGCAGCAGCGUCGCCGCUGGGCGCGAGGGCCCGCAGCUACCAGCCCAAGCGGCACUGCUCCCAACAGCGCCCCGCCGCACCGUGUGCAGCGACGAGGCAUGCCUCCACCCCGUUGACCCGCUGCUGGCGCGAGCGGCCCGGGGCCUCCAGGUCAAGGGACUGGCAACCCCCAACCUCGUCGGGCCGGUCGACGGGUUGCAGACGGCGCAGAGGGCCGACGUGACAGCUGCGGUGGCGGCGGCUCGCGUUGCGGGCGGCCCGGUCGACUUUGCCUGGGACAGCCAGUGCGCGGCGCGGGGGUGCGCCAAAAUCGAGGCUGGUGCUGACCCGCGGGACUGGGCGCACGCAGACCUCUGGCACUCGCUGGUGGACGCCGUGCGCAGCGGCCGGCUCUGGGCUCGCUGGGUGCCAGCCCACAAGACGCCAGCGGAGGCGCGCCGCCUGGGGCUAAGCGAACGGGGCCGCUUCGGCAACGCGGCGGCCGACGGCAAUGCUGGGGCGGCAGCGGCCAACAGGGCCGCCCUCGCAGCGGCGCCGCCUGCCGCGCGCCGCCGCCAACGCGACUGGCGCAGGGUUCGCCGCGGCGACCGGGCCCGCGCGGCGUCCGCCCUGGCGGCCGACGCCCCCGCUGGCCACAUGGCGCAAGCGCCAACCUGCCCGCGCCGGAGCGGCGCCGAUGCGCCCGUCAGCAAUGGCGACAUGCUGGCCGCGUUUUUCGCCAGGCGUUCUUGGUGGCCUCACGCCCUCGCGCGCGGACCCGGCCACGUCUUCUGCCCCCGCUGCGGCGGCAGUGCGACGUCGGCAGCUGGCCUGCUGGGGAGCUCGUGCCUGGGCUGGCGGUAG